CCAAAACCCAAAAAACAAAAACCUCACUCACUUCCCCAUUUCUGUGAUUCAUUCAUAAAAAAUACAAAAACAGAGAUGUUGCGGUCCCUUGGAAGAACCGCAGCGAGCCAUAACACAUGGCAUCAAAAUUACACUAAAAUCUCAUCUCUCAGUUACUCUUCUAAGCCCCAAAAACCCACAUUCAAACCCGAUCCAAAAAAGUUCGCCGCCACCGCCGAUGUACUCUUCGACGAACAGGACCGUCUCCGGCGACUCGCCGCCGACGACAAAGACCCUUCUCUUAAUGUGGGUCCCAAUGGACGCCCCUUAUUCUCCUCCGCCGCUUCCCUUUCCCAUCUCUCACGCAACGACGUCUGCACCUACUUCAAUCUCACGAAGGAUGCCCUGAAAGCGGUUUUGCCCGAGGGGUUGCCAAUGGGUAUGGUGAACGAGUUCCAGGACUCCAUGCGCAACGCUUUACUCGUUCGCCAGAGCUUUUUGGACCUUCGUGAUAACUUCAGGCGUGUGGUUGAUCCCCCAAUGUGGUCCUCUAGCGGUAAAGGGGUUAAAGUUAGGAAGCAAGUUGUGUUGGAUGGGCCUGUUAGCUGUGGGAAGAGCAUUGCGCUUGCAAUGCUUGUUCAAUGGGCUCGUGAAGAAGGUUGGUUGGUUUUUUAUGUUCCUAAAGGCAAGGAAUGGACUCAUGGAGGAUUUUUCUAUAAGCAUCCACAAACAGGUCUAUGGGACACGCCUGUGCAGGCUGAGAUUGUUCUCAAGGAUUUUAUGAAGUACAAUGAGUCCUACCUAAAGCAACUGUCAUGCCAAAUACUUGAUCCAAUCCCAUUAGGUGAGGGUGCUGGUGUUGGAUGGUUGAAAGAUGCUGAUUCCUUGGCGAUUCCUGAAGGUACAAGUUUAUACGAGCUGGUGAAGACUGGCAUUGAACAAACACAUGCAGCUGUUGGAGUGAUAGUUCGUUUGAGGAAAGAGUUAUCACUUGUUAAAGACAUGCCUGUUCUUAUUGCAGUUGAUCAAUAUAAUAACUGGUUUACAUUCAGUGAGUACGAGGAGCCAGUCACAAUUCGUUCUUGUCGGCCAAUACAUGCUAGAGAACUUACAAUGGUGAAGGCUUUUAGAUCAAUGAUGCAUGAUGAUAUGAUGGUAGGGGCUUUUUCUCAUUCAACAGCAGUAGGAAAGCUUCGAAAAGACUUACCAGAUGUUCCCGUUGAUGCCCGUGUUAUGUUUCCUCGAUAUACUUUAGAGGAAGCCGAGACUGUUUGUCACUACUAUUUAAGGCAAAGGCUUAUUAAUCGUGAAGUAUUCUCCGAAGAAAAUUGGAAGAAAAUUUACUUCCUCUGUAAUGGAAAUGGAACCGAGAUGAGGGGGUUAGUUCCUUUCAUGCGGUGACAGACAACAGAUGCAUUAUUUUUCACCAGUGUGUGAUGUAUUCUGGUUGUCACUGAUAAUAAUGUUUGUUUCCUAUUUUCUUGGUCAAUUCAGUAUAGGAAUACUGUACCGGUUGAUUGGAAUUUUCUUGAUCGAUUUUAAUUUGUUUCAUUAGCAUUAAGAAUUGUUCUCAA